CCAACACAAGUCAACGUGAGUCGUGACGUGAUUAUACUAAUUUCAGUAGUUAUGUUAGAUAUUAUGUAUUUUUGAAUUAAAUUCCGACGUUAACAAAUAUUUGAAUUACAUUUUUUUUCAAAUUUAUCUACUCUUAAAGUGUUGUGCUGCUAAUAAAUAUCAAAAUUUUAUAUAUUUUUUACGACAAAGUUUUGGCUGUUAGCAUACAUUCAAAAUUAUAUAGUGGAUCCAAAGUAUACUUACCGGCUAGACAAAACAUUCAGUACACAUCAGUCAUAACUCAAUGAUAAGUCGAUUGCAGGUUAGAUUCGUGAGUUAUAUGAUUAAUUAUUAUAUUUACUAAACAAGACACCAGAAUGCCAAAAUCAAUGAACGUGAGGGUGACCACGAUGGAUGCCGAGUUGGAGUUUGCUAUUCAGCAGACUACAACUGGUAAACAGUUGUUUGAUCAAGUGGUCAAGACCAUUGGCUUGAGAGAAGUUUGGUUUUUCGGUCUUCAAUACACGGAUAACAAAGGCGAUAUGACUUGGAUUAAGUUGUACAAAAAGGUUAUGAGCCAAGAUGUCAAAAAGGAAAAUCCACUUCAAUUUAAAUUCCGUGCUAAAUUUUACCCUGAAGAUGUUGCUGAAGAACUUAUACAGGAUAUCACUUUAAGAUUAUUUUAUCUUCAAGUAAAGAAUGCCAUUUUAUCAGAUGAGAUCUACUGUCCAUCAGAAACAUCUGUGUUGCUUGCUUCAUAUGCUGUUCAAGCAAGACAUGGAGACUUCAAUAAACUAACUCACACUCCAGGUUUUCUUACAAAUGACCGUUUAUUACCACAACGUGUUAUGGAUCAACACAAAAUGACUCGAGAAGAGUGGGAGUCUAGUAUCACUACAUGGUGGCAUGAACACAGAGGAAUGUUGCGCGAGGAUGCUAUGAUGGAAUAUUUAAAAAUUGCUCAAGAUCUAGAAAUGUAUGGCGUUAAUUAUUUUGACAUACUCAACAAAAAAGGAACUGAAUUAUUUUUGGGUGUUGAUGCUCUUGGUCUUAAUAUCUAUGAAAAAGAUGAUAAACUUACCCCAAAAAUUGGUUUUCCAUGGUCAGAAAUCCGUAAUAUUUCUUUCAAUGAUCGAAAAUUUAUCAUCAAGCCUAUUGAUAAAAAAGCUCCAGAUUUUGUAUUCUUUGCUCCACGAGUUCGUAUCAAUAAGCGUAUUUUAGCACUUUGUAUGGGUAAUCAUGAAUUGUAUAUGAGGAGGCGUAAACCAGAUACUAUAGAUGUCCAACAAAUGAAAGCACAAGCCAGAGAAGAAAAAUUAGCAAAACAGCAGCAACGUGAAAAACUUCAACUUGAAAUAGCUGCUAGAGAAAAGGCUGAAAAGAAACAUCAAGAAUAUGAAGAGCGUCUAAAACAAAUGCAAGCAGAAAUUUCUAAACGAGAACAAGAUUUACUUAGUGCUCAAGAUAUGAUUCGUCGUUUGGAAGAUCAGUUGAAUAAACUUCAAUUAGCAAAAGAAGAAUUGGAGCAAAGGCAAAAUGAGUUGCAGAAUAUGAUGGAACGUUUAGAAGAAUCUAAAAAUAUGGAAGCUGCAGAAAGAGUAAAACUUGAAGAAGAGAUCAAAGCUAAGCAAGAAGAAGUGAUGCGUAUUCAAUCUGAAGUUGAAACUAAAGAUGAAGAAACAAGACGUUUACAGGAAGAAGUUGAAGAAGCUAGACGUAAACAAGAAGAAGCUGCAGCAGCUGCUAUGGCAGCAGCUGCCACACCUAAGCAUCAUCAUGUGAUGGAAAAUGAAAAUGAAAAUGAUGAUAAUGAUGAAAUGCACAAUGGUCACGAAUCUCGUGAUUUAGAUACUGAUAUGGAUAUUAUUGAUCCUGUAGAAGAGCGUCGUACACUUGCUGAGCGUAAUGAACGACUUCAAGAUCAAUUAAAGAUGUUAAAACAAGAUUUGGCACAGUCACGUGAUGAUACCAAAGAGACUGCUAUGGACAAAAUUCAUCGUGAAAAUGUUCGCCAAGGACGUGACAAAUAUAAGACUUUACGUGAAAUUAGAAAAGGAAACACAAAACGCAGAGUUGAUCAGUUUGAAAAUAUGUAAAAUAUGCAUUUAUCAGGGUAUUUCAGAUAUAUAAAAAGGCGGUUAAAAAAAAAACUGAGAUCGUCAUUUUUUAGUAAGAUUAUUUUACAUCUUGGUCCAUAAA